ACUGACGUAAGUCCAGAAGAUGACUGAUUGUGUGGAGGAAGAGGAGGCCAGAGCAAAGUCUCCAGGACCCAGCUGUCUGUCUAUGAAGAGUGACCAUUCCGAAAAUGAACCUCCAUUCUUCAGUAAUGAACCUGGACCCUCAGACACACAACUGGCUGAAGUCCCGAAGAUGAGUGAUUGUGUGGAGGAAGAGGAGGACAGAGCAGAGUCUCCACGACCCAGCUGUCUGUCCUUCAAGAGUGACUGUUCCAAAGAUGAAAGUCCAUACUUCAGUAAUGAACCUGGACCCUCGGACACAAAAACAAGACCUGGACUGCAGACAGCCAGUCAGACCAGCACUGAACAAACAGAUAGUGGUCUGCAGGAGGUUUUACAUCAACAUAAGAUCAGUCUGAGGAGCAGAUGUGAACGUGUGACUGAAGGAACUGAUGGAACAGGAAGUGGAACCCUCCUCAACAGGAUCUACACUGAGCUCCACAUCACAGAGGGACAGAGUGAAGAGGUUAAUACCCAACAUGAGGUGAGGCAGCUGGAGACAACUUCCAAGAUGGAGACCCUCCAUGACACUCCAAUCAGGUGCCACGACAUCUUUAAAGUCUUAGCUGACCAGCAGAGACCCAUCAGAGUGGUUCUGACCAACGGCGUCGCUGGCGUUGGAAAAACCUUCUCAGUGCAGAAGUUCUCUCUGGACUGGGCAGAGGGCUUGGAGAACCAAGAUGUCAGUCUGCUGGUUCUGCUUUCGUUCAGGGAGCUGAACCUGAUCAGAGAUCAGCAGUACAGUCUUCUCAGGCUGCUCCAUGUUUUCCAUCCAACAUUACAGAAGGUCACAGCAGAGCAGCUCGCUGUCUGUAAAGUUCUGUUCAUCUUUGACGGCCUGGAUGAAAGCAGACUGUCACUGGAUUUCAACAACAGGAAGUCUGUGUCUGAUGUCACACAGGAGUCAUCAGUCAACAUGCUGCUGACAAACCUCAUCAGGGGGAAUCUGCUUCCCUCUGCUCUCGUCUGGAUAACUUCCAGACCUGCGGCGGCCAAUCAGAUCCCUCCUACAUGUGUGGACAGGGUAACAGAAGUACGAGGCUUCACUGACGCCCAGAAGGAGGAGUACUUCAGGAGGAGAUCCAGUGAUGAAGAGCUGUCCAGCAGAAUCAUCUCACACAUCAAGACGUCCAGGAGCCUCCACAUCAUGUGUCAAGUCCCAGUCUUCUGCUGGAUCACUGCUACAGUUCUGGAGCACAUGUUGACCACAGACCAGAGAGGAGAGCUGCCCCAGACCCUGACUGACCUGUUCUCACACUUCCUGCUGGUUCAGACACAGAGGAAGAAGAACAAGUACCAUGAGGGACGUGAGACGAGUCCACAGGAGCUGACGGAGGCUGACGGGGAAGUUCUUCUGAAGCUGGGGAGGCUGGCGUUUGAACAUCUGGAGAAAGGAAACAUCAUGUUCUACCAAGAAGACCUGGAGCAGUGUGGUAUUGAUGUCACAGAGGCCUCGGUGUACUCAGGACUUUGUACUGAGAUCUUCAGAAGAGAGAGUGUGAUCUUCCAGAAAACAGUCUACUGCUUUGUUCAUCUGAGCGUUCAGGAGUUUCUGGCUGCAGUCUACAUGUUCCACUGUUACACCAACAGGAAGACAGAGGUCCUGGAGAACUUCCUGGGAGAAGACUACAGUGCCUCAUCCCUGAAUGUCUUCCUGAGGAGAGCCAUGGAGAAAUCCCUCCAAAGUAGAAACGGUCACCUGGACCUGUUCGUUCGCUUCCUUCAUGGCCUCUCUCUGGAGUCCAACCAGAGACUCUUAGGAGGUCUGCUGGGUCAGACAGAGAACGGUCCAGAAACCAUCCAGAGAGCCAUCAAGAACCUGAAGGAGAUGAAUACUUAUAAAACCUCUCCUGACAGAAGCAUCAACAUCUUCCACUGUCUGAUGGAGAUGAAGGAUCACUCAGUUCAUCAGGAGAUCCAAGAGUUCCUGAAGUCAAAGAACAGAUCAGAGGAGAAACUCUCUGAGAUCCACUGCUCAGCUCUGGCCUACAUGCUGCAGAUGUCAGAGGAGGUUCUGGAGGAGUUGGACCUGGAGAAGUUCAACACAUCAGUGGAGGGACAACGGAGACUGAUCCCAGCUGUGAGGAAUUGCAGGAAGGCUGUACUUACUAAUUGUGGACUCUCAGAGAUUCACUGUGGAAUUCUGGCCUCAGCUCUGAGGUCCAACCCCUCCCACCUGAGAGAACUGAACCUGAGUGGAAACUACAACCUGCAGGAUUCAGGAGUGAGGAUCCUGUCUGCUGGAUUGGAGAGUCCAAACUGUGGACUGGAGACUCUGAGGUUGAGUGGCUGCAGGUUGUCUGAGAUCAGCUGUUCUUCUCUGGUCUCAGCUCUGAAGUCCAACCCCUCCCACCUGAGAGAACUGGUGCUGAGCUACAACAAGCUGAAGGAUCCAGGAGUGAAGCAGCUGUGUGGUUUUCUGAAGAGUCCAGACUGUGGACUGGAGAUUCUGAGGUUGAGUGACUGCAGGUUGUCAGAGAUCAGCUGUUCUUCUCUGACCUCAGCUCUGAAGUCCAACCCCUCCCACCUGAGAGAACUGCAGCUGAGUCUCAACAAGCUGCAGGAUUCAGGAGUGAAGCAGCUGUGUGGUUUUCUGGAGAGUCCAGACUGUCGACUGGAGACUCUGAGGUUGAGUUACUGCAGUUUGACAGAGAUCAGCUGUUCUUCUCUGACUUCAGCUCUGAAGUCCAACCCCUCCCAUCUGAGAGAACUGCACCUGAGAGGAAACGACCUGCAGGAUUCAGGAGUGAAGCAGCUGUGUGGUUUUCUAGAGAGUCCAGAGAGUAGAUUGGAGAUUCUGAGACUGAGUUCCUGCAGAUUGACAGAGAUCAGCUGUUCUUCUCUGGCUUCAGCUCUGAAGUCCAACCCCUCCCAUCUGAGAGAACUGCACCUGAGUGAAAACAAGCUGCAGGAUUCAGGAGUGAAGCAGCUGUGUGAUCUUGUGGAGAGUCCAGACUGUCGACUGGAGACUCUGAGCUGGGAGUGAUGGAGAUUAGAGCAGUGUGUGUACAGAGGCUCUGAUUGGACCAUGUUACUGGGAGGUGGAGAGGAGAGGAGAGCUUCAUCCAGCAGUGACUGACAGAGGAAUCAGAAGAAGUGGAGAUGAAUCUCAGUGCUGCAGUCUGAACUGAUCUGAGAACAGCUCCACUGUCACACAGAGUCCAGUCCACCAUCAUCCCUGUGUGUUCCUCUGGACCUGACAGACCAUCACCAGCGUCUCUGGACUGAUGCUGCUGCUGCUCUGUCCUUUUGUAUUCAUUCAGAUAUUCUGAACUUAAACUGACUCUGCAAACCAUUUCUGUUUAUCACAACAUCACUGUAGAUUUGUACUAAGUGGUCUGCAAGCUGAACUAGUAUAGAAUCAGUUGUUUUUACUGGAUUGUUUUAUGUUGCAGCUCCAACCUGUGGACUGACAGAGUAUUGAAAGUUGAAAGUAUGAAAACACAGAAUCCAGCCUGCGUGUAUCAGAUUACCGAUCAGACAGAUCAAUAAUUUUUUGCAUUACAGAAAUAAGAAGAUAAAACCUAAACAAAGCUUCACUGAUCUGAAUAAAACAUUGAUUAUCUCUGGAUUUUGGUGUAAAGUCAGCUCUGAGUAAACCCUUUGUCACAGAGUGAGCAGCUGCACACUUACAUUUAAAUGUUGUCUGAUGUAAAUAAAAAGAAUCACAAAGACUCUGAA